AUGGCUGCGACUACACCCAACGAGAACAACGCCCGGUCGUGGCUCGUGGUUUUCGGAGCAUUCGCUGCCUUAUUCUGCUCCGUCGGGUUCCUGAAUUCUUUCGGUAUCUUCGAAGAUUACUAUGCGACCUCCCGGUUGGCCGAUAAAUCCCAAUCAACCAUUGGGUGGAUCGGCGCCAUCUGUAUCUUCUUUCUUUUCUCGAUCUCAACAGUUGCGGGCGCCCUACUUGACUUUUUCGGACCGGAGGUGUUGAUUUGCUCUGGGUCAGUUGUUUAUGUCUUUGGCAUAAUGAUGAUAUCCCUGUGCAAGGAAUACUACCAAUUCCUUCUUGCACAAGGAUUUCUUCUUGGAACUGCCAUGUCACUCCUUACCUGGCCGCCAGUCGCUCUGGUGGGAAAAUACAUCAAACAGAGGCGGGCUGCCGCUAUGGGAAUUGUAAUUGCUGGCUCAUCUCUAGGAGGUGUCAUCUGGCCUAUCGCCAUUGACCACCUUUUGAAAAAGCCAAGUAUCGGAUUUCCCUGGACAAUGCGUAUUGUCGGAUUCAUUAUGAUCCCACUUCUUCUUUUCUCAUGCACUGUCUGCAGAUCACCUCCCGCUCCCGCCCCUACUCAAGAUGCUUCGUCUGAAAACAAUGUGACUGGCAGCGAAAGCAUUCAGGACAGUGUUGAUGAAAAGCCCGUGAAUCGAAAGGCGGAAAUUAUAGCAUUUUACAAGCAGCCUGCGCUGCAGCUCUUGUGUCUUGCCAUGUUCUUCACAUACUUUGGAAUGUUUUCGCCUUUCUUCUACACAACAUCCUAUGCAGUUGAAAAGGGAUACUCAAGUUCCUUUGCCUUUUACACUGUCUCUAUCGUAAAUGGAGCUUCGUUUCUGGGUCGUAUCAUUCCGGGGUUUGUCGCUGAUAGAUUUGGCAAAUUCAAUUGCGCUAUCAUUGCAAGCUUGUCAGCUGGGAUCAUUGCAUUGUGUUGGACGAAGGCUGAUUCAGUUGCCGGGUUGGGCAUAUGGUGCGCCGCAUAUGGCUUUGCAUCGGGUGGCAUUUUGUCUCUACAACAAGCUUGUGCAGCUCAAGUAUCUACUUCGUCUUCCACUCUCGGGUUGGCUAUUGGGAGCGUUGCUGGCUCGACCGCUCUUUCCGCCAUGGCAAAUGUCCCUAUUUCAGGAGCUUUGGCAGACAAGUAUGGCUAUCUAUCACUAUCUCUGUUCUCUGGGAUUUCAUUGCUCCUCGGCGGCGUGUUGCUUAUCAUGGCUCGCCUGGUACAAAGUCGAGACCUCUUUGCGACAGUUUAG